CACCGAUUGCUAGAGAGAUCUCCUGAUCGCCCCCUUCUCCAUAUUAUUUAGCCUGAAAUUACAUUUACCUGCAUUUUUAGUUUGUUUGUGUAUAUAUAUAUAUAACUUUAUCAUACAAAAGCUCCAUGCUAUAAGAAGAAAUUAGAGAACGAGAUGAGAAUGAUUGCAUAAAAGUACCAUGGCUUAGAGUGAGUCUAACCGUCCAACCAGAAGCACGGCGGCCCAGCCGCCAUACAUGGACGACAAAUUUUUCUAAAGAUCAAUCGGCUGGUUAUUAUACUAUUGAGUUAAAGAUAUUUUCGUUUUUUUAUUUUUUAUUUAUUUAUAUUUAAUAAAAUAAAAAUUUAUAUUAAAAUAUUAGAUGCUUUUAGUUUGGUUUUCCAUAGUUUUUAGAACUCCACAAUUAAAUACUAAUAUUUAUCUAUACAUAUACAUAUUAAGAAACUUCGGAAGAGAAACCUCCAUUGAGGGUGCUCUAGAAAAGUAACGUUUUGUUUAUUAAAGAUAUUAAAAUUGUCUAAAAUUAUGUUUUUUUUUCUAUCUACAGUACAACUAACAAGUAUAAAAUAAUGGAAGUUCACUUUGGUUUAAAGUGAUGACUUCCUUACUCAAAAGUUUCAGUGGUUGUUACUUACAACCAAUAAAAAGUUAGUUUAAAUACCUUAACUAGAUUCUGACCCGUCCUGGUAUAUUUUUUGUUUUAACUUUAUUUUUUGUUUUAAUCUUUAAAAAAAGAAUAAUCUUCAUAUUUGUAUUUUUCUUUAUAAUCAUAUUUGUGUUUUUCUUUGUAAUCAUAUUUGUGUAUAAAUAUUAAUCAAAGUUUAUUUUAUAAAAUAAUUGCAAUUUAAAAGUUGAUUCGGCUUAUAUUUGGUUCUUUGUAAUCAUAUGUCUAUAUACCCAUUUUUAUAAUCAUAAAUCAUAUUAGUCUGUUUUAGAUCUUGACCCAAAUGUAUAAUGUUGGUUUGUAGUUUUUUUUUUUUAUGUUUCUAUAAAUAUGUAACAUUUUUCUGUAUUUUUUCUUAUAUGUUAAAAAAUAUAACUUAUAUACAGUUAUAUAACGUAGAGUUAUUCUAACAUAGUGGUUAGUGUAUAUUUAUAGAAAACGUAAGGUUAUAUAAUGUAUAUUAAGGUAGGGUUAGUUUUUUUUACUUGUUGAUAACUGUUCUAAUGGUAUUGUUUAAAUAGAAUAUAGUUAUUAUAUAAAGAGAAUAAUAAGAUGUUUCUUAAAUAAAGUGAAUAAUAGUUGGAUAUAAUAUGUAUCUAUAGGCUAUGAUUAUGUCAUAAUAUAAUAUAUGAUUUAAUUUUUUGUUUUAAGUUAAGCUAAUUUUUUGAAGAUUUGAGAUAAUUCAGACCCGCAAUAUGGUUUUGUUGAUUUAACCAUUUAUUAUUUUAACCUGAUUUUAUUUCAGUGGUUUAAUUUAAUAAAUCAACAGAAUAAUCCUGAAAAUUGUAAUCAUCAAUUAAAACUUAUAUUUAAAAAUAUCAUAUAUUUUAUUUUUAUUAUAUAAAUCAUGAUUGAAAUAAUAGUUAGUUAGUAAAUAUUUUGGUUCAAUCUAUUGAUGAAAAUUUUAAUGAAAUUUUUAAUAUGUUACAAAGUUUUAGUGAUUUAACCCAUAUUCAUGUACUACGUUGAAGUAAUGUUAAAGCUCAACAUUUUUUGGAUCUGUAUUGUAAUAAACUGAGUUUUUUUCCAAAUUUAUUCAAAUGGUAUAUGUUGAUCUUAAUUUUAAAGAUUAAUAGUCUCUACAAAAGUAUAUAAUCAAUACUAUUAAAUUUAUAUCAAAUGCAUGGUAAGUAUUAUAAAUAUACCUAUAUAAUCUGAUUAGAAACGUAUUGAAAUUGACAUUAGGAAUCUAAAUGUUUUGCUUUUAUAUUUUCUGAAUGUAAAAAUAUUUAGUGAAACAUGUUAAAGUGAUUGCACUUUUUAAAAUUCAUACUCAUUUAUGAAAUCCUCACACAAACAAUAUUAUCUUAUUCAAAAAGGGAUGUAUUGAUACAAUUACCAUUAUAUUGUGAGUAAUAUGAGGUACACUGUAAAAUAUUGCAUCAGUACUAUUAUAAAAUAAAGGAUAUGAAUGGUAUAUGAUAAAGGAUGAAAUGAUGUUUGACCAUAACAACAAAAUCGUGUGUGGUUGGUUAAAAAAAACAAAAUAGUGUGGGUCCCGAAAAAGUUGUAUAUUGGGUUAUUAACCGUAUAAUGGAAAGUGAUUAAUAAGUUACUAAAUGAACCCAACUUUUAUCAAUUGGUCAUGAUUGUGUUUUAAUAGUAUUGAUUCAUGUAUUACGUUGAAGUAAUGUUAAAGCUCAACAUUUUUUGGAUCUGUAUUGUAAUAAACUGAGGUUUUUUCCAAAUUUAUUCAAAUGGUAUAUGUUGAUCUUAAUUUUAAAUAUUAAUAGUCUCUACAAAAGUAUAUAAUCAAUACUAUUAAAUUUAUAUCAAAUGCAUGGUAAGUAUUAUAAAUAUACCUAUAUAAUCUGAUUAGAAACGUAUUGAAAUUGACAUUAGGAAUCUAAAUGUUUUGCUUUUAUAUUUUCUGAAGGUAAAAAUAUUUAGUGAAACAUGUUAAAGUGAUUGCACUUUUUAAAACUCAUUUAUGAAAUCCUCACACAAACCAUAUUAUCUUAUUCAAAAAGGGAAGUAUUGAUGCAAUUAACAUUAUACUGUGAGUAAUAUGAGGUACACUGUAAAGUAUUGCAUCAAUACUAUUAUGAAAUAAAGGAUAUGAAUAGUAUAUGAUAAAAGAUGAAAUGAUGUUUGACCAUAACAACAAAAUCGUGUGUGGUUCAUUAAAAAAACAAAAUAGUGUGGAUUCCGUAAAAGUUGUAUAGUGGGUUAUUAACCGUAUAAUAGAAAGUGAUUAAUAAAUUGUUAUUAACCGUAUAAUGGAAAGUGAUUAAUAAAUUACUAAAUGAACCCAACUUUUAUCAAUCGGUGAUGAUUUAUACCUAGGUUGAAACAAUUAUCAUAUUUCAGAUAUUAAAACAGUUAUGAUCUAUAUUCACUUUAAAAAUACGUACGACAAAGGAAAAAAAAUGGGAACGUUAAACGUUAUUAAAUAUUAACUUUGGCAAACAAAUUCGACAAAAGAAAACAAACAUCAAAUAUUACUAAAUGACCGUUUACAUUUGGCUAUAGUAAAAACAAAUUGAAAUACGCAUGAAAAAGGAAAAAAGAGAAAGUAACCGGUUGAAUUUUUACAGCUGUAUCUAGUAAAAAGGAAAAAAAGUGAAAAAUACGGAAAAGAAAAAUGGAAAUUUCACAAACCUAUAUAACACUAUAGGCGUGCGCAUAAAACUUUCUCUAAUCAUCUUCUUCUUCUCCUAUUUCUUUUGUGUUAUUUUGUCUAAACCCUAGAAGCGAUCUUUGUGUUCUGAGAUGAAAACUCUUGCGCCAUUUUCAAGUCACCGUCUCCGUCAACGAAUCUCCACCGUCUAUCCGGCGAUGACGUUCCUAUCACCACCUUCCUUAACCUCCUCUUCCUCUUCGAUGAUAAAGUCUCGGUCAGAAGAAAACUUGAGCAAGCUCAACGAAUGCAUGGAGAACAUGGACGAGGAUGUCUCGGAGAUGUUCAUGGAAUGUCAUCAAACGGAUUUCCGCCAAGAACCCGAGCUGCUUCGUCUCCUCAGCGACUACUUCACCACAAGCAAAUCCGUCAGCGAGCUCUGCGAGUCUCUGAGAAAGUGUCUGGAGAGAGCAGAACACGAGGAGUGCUUCAUGUUAGACGAGGCGUUGCGUGACUUCGAGGAGGAGAAAAGCGGUUGCAGCGGUUUGUUAGAAGCAAGUUUCAGAAAAACCUUCCGAGACCUGAGUAAGUUGAACGACUUGUGUACUAGUUGUAACUCCGACGACGGAGAUUGUGAUGGUGAUUUUCUCAGGAAGCUUCAGAUCUGUCAUCGAGAUUUAGCCGAGAUGAUCGUGAAGCUAGAGUCGACCAUGAAGGAGAUCGAGAGGAAGCUGAGACGCGUGCGUGGCAAAAGAGCGGUGGUCACGGCGGCGAUAAUCGCUCCGGUGAUUGCCCUAGUGACGGUGAGCAAAAUCGUCGCCGGAAUAUUCGGAUCCGUUCCGGUUGGGGAGGUGGCUACGUUCGCUGCUUCCAAGUGGAAGAAGUCGACGGCGACUCUGAAACGGGAAAAGACGGCGGUGACGUCGAUGGAGGGGGCGACGAUGGUGGCUCUCAAGGAAGUGGAGAGGAUCAGUAGACUGGUGAGUAGGUUGGAGGCGGUGGAGAGGUCUAUUAGAGCAACGGCGGAGUUCGCCGUUAAGAAACGGUCGCCGGUGGCUGUAGCUAUGGGAGAGAUGGAGAGGGAAAGGAAGAGGUUGAAGUCAACGCUCGUUGACUUAGAUAGAGAGACGGGAAGGUGCGAUGGGUUCGUGGUGUUUGGACGUACAUUGGCUAAGGGCAAGAUCUUUGAGUUUCUCUCUUGUGGCGAGAAAAGCUCCAACUCCAAUCCAACUAGUUUGUUUUUGUUUUCUUAGUACAUUGAUUUGUAUUCAAUCGGUAACAACUUUGUUCAAUUGUAAAUAUAUUUUUUUUUCGCAGAAACAUAAAUCUCAAUUUCAGAUUGAUGCUCAAGCUGUUCUAAACUCCUUUGGAUUUAUUCACCAACAAAGACACAUACUGAAUCAAACGAUCUACACAUUAGAAAGCAGAGGGUUGAUUCUUCAGAGAGAGCCUUUGCUUCUGGACUUGGUUUACUUGGAUGUGAGAUGUGAAGAGGGCAUCAACAUCCAGACAUUU